UCUUCUUCGUGGGUGCUGUCACAACACAGGAAGAGCAGGAGGUCGUGCUGCUUUCGUUUUUUAUUACCGAGUCCAUAAUAACAGGAUUUUUAAUAGGUGGCUGAAUAAAAUACCAGUAAAUAGAGUUAAUGAUCUGCUUGUAAACUCAGAAAGAGAGGGCCACUGGGAGAGAUUCGGAGUCGUAAGGUGCCAUGUCCGCUGGUUGCCCACCGCAGUCUCCAGCUGUGGCUAAAACAGAGGUGGUGCUGGAAGGAUGGUGCCCUCUGUUGGCAGCCACAUUUGCCUACUGGGACAACAUUCUGGGACCCCGCGUCUGGCACAUCUGGGCCCCCAAAGGUCAGGGAUCGAUGUUGCUCAGUGACGGCGAGGUGACGUUCCUGGCAAAUCACACUCUGAACGGCGAGAUUCUUCGCAGUGCCGAGAGUGGUGCCGUGGACGUGAAGUUCUUCGUUUUGGCAGAGAAAGGCGUGAUCAUCGUGUCACUAAUAUUCGAUGGCGAGUUAAAGGGUGACAAGAACACGUGCGCGCUAUCCAUCAUUCUGCCCCAGUCAGAAUUGGAUUUCUACCUUCCGCUGCACAGCGUGUGUGUGGAAAGGCUCAAGCACACUGUUCGCAAAGGACGCAUUUAUAUGCAGAAGGUCUGUAGCCUUAUCUGUGCUUUAAAACUCGUAAAGUUUGGCAUUCUAAAAUCCAUUGAAUAUAUGUGUUAUGUAUUGCAGGGUUACGGCAUUAUUGCUUUAUUAACCUCUGAGAUUGUUCCUAUCAUGGAGCUUCUCUCGUCCAUGAAGACUCACAGCGUACCCGAGGAAGUUGAUAUCAAAGACACUUUACUGAAUGAUGAUGAUAUAGGUGACAGCUGUCAUGAGGACUUUCUCCACAAAGCCAUCAGCUCUCAUCUACAGACUUGUGGCUGCUCCAUAGUUGUUGGCAGUAAUCCAGACAAAGUCAAUAAGAUUGUGCUGACACUAUGUCUGUUUCUCACUCCCGCUGAGAGGAAGUGCUCACGACUGUGCCGAGCUGACGGCACUUUUAAAUACGACACUGGCCUGUUCGUUCAAGGCCUGCUCAAGGACUCCACAGGGAGUGUUGUGUUGCCUUACCGACAGGUCCUCUCUUCUCCCUGUCCAUCUACCCACAUCGACGUGGACAUUAACACAGUAAAGCAGAUGCCUCCCUGCCACGAACACACAUACCAUCAGCGCCGCUACAUGCGGGCCGAGCUCAGCGCCCUUUGGAAGACUACCAGCGAGGAAGAAAUCAGCCCUGACCAGCUCAUCAACAUACAGGAGUCGUUCACUCCUGACUUGAACAUAUUCCAGGAUGUCAUGCACAAGGAUACACUGGUCAAGUCUUUUAUAGAUGAGGUUUUCCUCUUGAAGCCAGGUCUAAACCUUCGAAGUGUAUUUCUGUCCCAUUUUCUCCUAAUACUGCACAGGAAGGCUCUGACGCUGCUCAGAUAUAUCGAGGAUGAGACUCAGAAGGGGAAGAAGCCAUUUCGGUCAUUGCGUAAUCUGAAGACAGACCUCGACUUAAAUGUAGAAGGAGACCUGAACAUCAUCAUGGCAAUGGCAGAGAAGCUGCGGCCAGGCCUUCACUCCUUUGUUUUUGGGAAAUCCUUCGUCACUAGUGUGCAGGAGCGUGAUAUUCUAAUGAACUUUUGACCUUUCACCUUAAAACACUGAAAAUCAUUAAUCCACAAAAUGUCUGGUAUGUAUUCAUGUUCUGAAAGUAUGGUUGUGUAUAAAGAAUCUACUGUACAUGUGCACUGAUUUACUCUGGAGCUUGCUUGAAUCUUUAUUUGUAAAACAUCCUGUGUACUUGUAUUUGUGUGUUGUGCAAUCUAAAUACUGAGAAACUGUCUAUACAAACACCAUGCAGGGCAGGGCCAUCAUCGUGUUUAUCAUGAAUUUAUUUUAACUAUCAAUACUGUGAUGCUGCUACUAAGUGUCGCUGAUGGCACAGCCAUAUUGUGAUGGUUCUUCGGCACAAAGUAAUGACUCGUCAUAAAUAAAUAAACCUUUUCUGACAAGUGAAAUAAUCGAGAGAUCAUGAGAAAAACAUGCAACUUAUUGCAUAUAUGCAUGUACAGUUUGUAUGUUAAAGAAUUUUAGGGCAAACAGACAAAAAAAAGUGUUGAUUAGUUUUGCCACAAUGCCACUAUCUGUAAAAAGAGAGUGAAUAUGAGUUUACGGAAGUUAUUGUACUGAAAUUAUUAUAAUUUUUUUUGGACAAUGUCAUUGAAAAAACAAUCUGUGUUUAAUAUGUCAUUUUUUUAGAUGAAUAAAACUAUAGCGCAAAUAGAG